GUCAACCUGCCCAGCAUAUAAUUUUUGACUGUUGUUGCAAUUUUUUGCUCACCUCACGCACUUUGCAUUGGCAAAUAGAAACAUGUGUGCAUGCACACAAACACACAAAUACACACGCAUACCAGAUAAAGGAUAAUACUCUUUGCAGGAACUGUCUGACCCCAUAUCCUGUAUUCCCAGCUGUUACCCAAGAGUCACGCAGAGACAAAGAAAUAGACAGAUAGAUAGAGCUUCACUCCUCCUCCUCUGUGGGGGUGUGUCAAAAUUGUGUCUAUUACAUCCCAGAGGCAGACCUUGCAUUUCAGAAUUUCUGAUUUCCUGAAUGCACCUUACCACACGCACAUACUGAAACACAAACACACCGGCAAACUAUGCCAUCUGAUGCCAUAGAUGAUGCUCCUGUAUAAGAAACAGGUUGCUACUGGAGGAACAACAGAGAGAAACUGAGGACAGAAAGGAAAGAGAAACAACAAGUUGUGAAAUAGAUGGUAACUGUGGCAAUUUUUGGACUUAUGAAAGAUGGAUGAAUGAGAAUAUGGGAAUAAGGAAGAAACAUGUGCAGAGCAGAAUGAAGAGGACAAGUCUCCAUAGGACCCUAGGAUACAUAUAUAAUUGCGCACAAGCGUAAAAAGACUCUACAGAUGCUUUUGAGAAGCAUCAGGAGGAUGAAUGACCUUUGCUUAGAGGGGAGGUGGAGAUGGAAACCUUAUUUUCUUCUCACCAUCUUGCUUUUGUUGCUGAGAGCUGCUCCUACAGCACUUGGCUAUUUCCUGGGAGACACUAAAGCAGUAUUAAAUGGUUGUAAAGACCACUGGACCCUGCAAGACAGGGCAGCCGUGCCCCUCCUUUAUGAGAUGACCAUAUGUGUGGACAUUCGUGUGGUCCUCCCUGGUGCUUGGGUGGCCUUCUCUUACCACUCAGUCUUCGCACCCAGGCCCGAGUUAGGCCUGGAGGGAGAUGAAAGGGCACUGUACGGAUGGCUACUAGGAGUGCGACACCAAUUUCCUCUCCAGCUGUCCCCAACGCAUUGGCACAGAGUGUGUCUAAGGAGGGAUGUAAAGGGCAACACUUUUAGUCUGGAGGUUGAUGGGGACAUUAUAGCAGAGAGGACCGCCAUCGCUCAGGCCAUCCCCUCCAACGGCUCUCUGUGGCUGGGCUGUCGUCCCAGAGAUCCACCCCCAGGACCUAAUCUCGGAAAUGUGGAGCUGUACUUGUUCCGCAUGUGGGCAGACUUUGGUGCUCAUGGGCCCUGCGAGGAUGGCACUGUGAUUGGCUGGAAUGCCAAAUACUGGGGAGUGACCAGUCCCAGCGCAAGGCAAAUAGACCCCAGCCUUAUGUGUGACCACAAACAGUUGAAACGUGGGGCUCGUGCUUACAGAAGCAUUACUGAUGCAACUAUACCGGGAGCUGGCCGGUCCCUGCUGCCUUCAUCUGGAUCCACCAGAUUAGUUCAUUGUGAUGUCCGCCAACUCUGUUCCAAUAACAGUGCUUACUAUUGGAUGCCCAUAAGUGUAGAGGGCAACAAGACUGAAGAAGAGGUCCAAAAUUUGGUGUCAAAAGCAUUUGGUUGUCACAAUGACAGUGUUGGUGCAGCAGAAGGAAAAACAGGCUCUUUAAAUUUCUGUCAGGGUGACAGACAACUUCAGGUAGUUGAAGUGUCCUGUAGUGCAAAAAGGAACAUAAGCCAAACUGCCUGCAAUGUGGUGCUGCUGCUCAACCAUGCUGUCUCAGUGUGUGAACUUCAACAAGCUGGAGACGCUGCACUGCAGCAAGCGAGAAUCAUAGGGGAGAUGGAGAGAGUCGGUCGAAAUCUGUGUAAGGAUGCAGAGCCCUCUAGUGGCGGUUUUGUGAGAUGCAAUUCCACGUCUUCUCUUGACGAUAUCUGUCAGUCAAAUAAAUCCUCUCCACUAACAUGCUUCCUCUUAGAGUCCAACUCCAACCCGGCUCCUAAAUUGAAGAAUGACUCUUGUAGCAGGGAAAUGCCUCGCUACUGUGAUUGCACAGCUUUCUGUAAUUCUACACGCCAAUUUUAUGCUUUUAGAAUCAAUGUUACUAGUGAAGCUGUUAACAUUCAGUCCCUAAAAAGCUUGUUACUAAGUCCUGCAUGUCCCACAAAUUCACAGUGCAGUAAUUAUAAUAUUACAAAGCAAUAUCAGGGUGCUCAUAUAGAAUGUCAUGGGACAAACCAGAGGUUGUACAGCUGUAUGGUGAUAUUGGAGAUGUCUGGACCCGUCAAUGUUUGCUCCUUAAAAAACCUUAUGCAAAAGAUCAUUGCGAGGAACAAUUUAUUUACAGCCGAAAGUUCGCUUACUCGCCUGAGUUAGUUUGCAUGCUUAUUUUGUUAUUUUCCUACCAUGCAAACUGCUUUAUAUGAUAUAAUAAUUUGUCACUGUUACUCAUGGUACUCUGUGCUUUGUCAGUGGUGUGUGGUGCUCCUGGUUUGCCUGUCCAGAGACUGUUGGAAUCCAACCUGACCUGGGUUGCCAGUGACCUGCGGAGCUCAGAUGUUUGUCAACCUGACCCUACACUACUUGCAUGUCAAGCAAGUGAGACACUUGCUGUUCUUCUGACUGACAGCUGCCCUUCAGACACUUCAGCUGUUCCAACCACAACACAACUUUCAACUCUGGCCAACGGCAUUACUACAGCUAUGCAAUCUUUGACUGAUACCACCAAAUCGUUGACCAAUACGAGUGGAGAUAUUUAUGCAACAAUUGAAAAUACAGUGCAAAAAAAAGAAAACACAACAUUUUUUCAAACAACUGCCAGUGCAAAGUCCCCAACACCACAACCUGUUCUUCAGAAUAGCUCACAAAUAGUUCCUUCAACUGUGUUUAAUAAAACAACAGUACAAAAUACUUUACCUAAUGAAACCCAACUAACCAACACCAUAACCAGUGCUUUCAUAGCAGUACAAAACACCACAACUGUUAUGCCUGAUUCAGUGCUUAAGAGUACUACACUCUCUAAAAUAACAAAUGCAUCUACAACAUCUCCUAAUCAAACUGUACACAAUGCAACUACAACAGCAACAUCUCCAGAUCUCACAACAAUAUACAAUGUAACUACAGCCACGGCAUAUGCCAAAAAUUAUACAAUAAAAACCAAUGUAGUUGCAGUUACACCCUCUCCCAUCAACAAUGUAACAUCUCCAGAUCUUGCAUACAAUGCAUAUACCAAAAAUUAUACAACAAAGUUGCAGUUAGUUGCAGUUACACCAUUUCCCACUGACAAUUUAACAUCUCAAGAUCCUGCAGCCAAUGCAUAUACUGACAAUUAUGUAACAAAGACCAAUAUAGAUACAGUUACACCAUUUCCCACUGACAAUAUAACAUCUCCAGGUCUUCCAACAGUUACACCAUCUCCCAGUGGCACGACAGUGUACAAUGUAACCACAACUGGAGCAUUUACUCCCACUGGCAAACACACAUUUGUUAACAAUGUAACCACAUCUGACAGUAAUGACACAACAGGGACUCUAAACAAUGUGUAUAAUGUAACCACAGAAAGCAACAACAAGGCAGUAUAUAAUAGUUCAGAAACUUCAGCUAGCAGUACUACAAUGUACAUUUCAAAUGCAGUUGCUUACAAUAAAACUGCAACCAGCAACAUUUACACAACAGCCUACAAUUCAGUUGUAUCAGGCAAUAAUUACAAUACAACUACAGCUAAAAAUAAUUCUACAACAGUGUACAGUGAAACCACAGCUGGUAACAGUUACAGAGAAACUGGCAAUAGUUACAGUACAACUACAACAAACAACAAUUACACAACAGUGCACAGUACAAAUACAACUGCCAAAAAUGUAACUAAAGCAAACAAUACAACUACAGUAAACAAUAAUUACACAACAGUGAGCCCAUUUUUAACAUCUCUGAACAAUACAUUACCAUACAAUUCAAUUACACCCGGCACCAGUGACGGAGAAACUGGCAACAGUUACAACGCAACUA